UUAAAAGAAAAUACCGAAAAACAAAUCGAAAAAAUGUUUGUUUACCACACUAUACUUUCGUAGUCCUGGUACUGUUCGUGGUAAACCGGAACUAGGCGCAGAGCAGACUGGAUCAGACAAAACGUUUUGUCUGUUUUCGUAUAAACAAUUGCAUAAUAUUUUUUAUUUGACUUGAAAAGUUUAAGGAGCUUUUAAAUUGAUCGGAUAUCAUUCAAGUGUCUCUGCAAUGGACGACCACGAUCACAGAGAUGAUUACCAUGAAAAGGCUGCGAAGUUGACUAACGACGACUUCCGAAAGUUGUUGAUGACCCCUGCACAUCCCAGUCAUGCGGCUAGUGCAUCAUCAACAACACUUUCAGCUUCCAGCUCCAGAAGCUCGCAACCAAGCUCGGUCAGAGACAUCAUUAACAAGAAGAAAGGUACAGGCGAGGAGGACCGAGCCGAAAAAAGGCGAAAAAAGAAAAGCUACUUCGCCAAGCUGAAAAAGCAGGAGGAUGAUAAAAUAGCCGAGUUGGCUCUCAAGUACAGAGACCGCGCAAGGGAAAGAAGAGAUGGUGCAAAUCCAGAUUACCAGGCAGAAGACCCAAUGUCGAGUGCUGGUGCCUACAGAGCCGUGGCUCCUGACGUCAAAUCAGGAAUGGAUGCUGCAGAAAGAAGGCGGCAGCAAAUCCAAGAGUCCAAGUUCUUGGGUGGUGACAUGGAGCACACUCACUUGGUGAAAGGUCUUGAUUAUGCCUUGCUACAAAAGGUCCGCAGUGAGAUCCACACCAAGGAGCAAGAACAAGAGGAUGAGAUGGAGAGCUUGGUUGCACCAGGAAAAGAGACCAAAGCAAAGAGGGAAAUUGAGGAGGAAGAUAUUGAACUGAAAACCAAAACUGGAAAAAGUAUUUACAGAGCUGCUCUUGGAUUGGAUAUUCUGAAAAGAAAUGAUCUCUUUGCAACUGGUCGCAUGGCGUAUUUAAUUGAGCUUGAAGAUGAAAAUGCAGAGUCAGACAUCCCUACCACCAUCCUUAGGAGCAGAGCUGAUUGCCCUGGCCAAGAGGCUCAAGCUACUUUGAGCACCAAUGACAUUGUCAUCAACAAACUUGCCCAAAUUUUGUCUUAUCUGCGUCAAGGUAAAAACCAGAGCAAGAAGGCCAAGAAGCUGAAAGAAAAGGCAGGCAUUGAAGAUGUGCCAGCCCAAGCAAAGCCUAGGACUGGAGAAAGCAUCUACGGCGACAUCGGCGAUUAUGUUCCAUCGAGCAAAAAAGGUUCAAGCAGUCAUGGAAAGAAGUCUGGGCCAUAUUUCGCAAAACCAGCUUUAGAUGAAGAAGGUGAAAACCGGGAUAGUUUCAAGAUGAGUUAUGCUGAAGCACUAGGUGGAAGGAGCGCCUCAGAUGCCAGAGCUGAUUCUUCUCAGGACAAAUCGUCAAAGCGAAAGGAUGGAAAAACCUCUCACAUGAUGACAAAAUUAACUGCCGAGCCAGAAGGCUAUGCUGAGUGCUAUCCUGGAAUGGAAGAAAUGCACGAUGCUGUUGACGACAGUGAUGAUGAAGCUGAUUACUCCAAAAUGGAUAUGGGCAAUAAGAAAGGACCCAUUGGUCGCUGGGACUUUGACACUCAGGAGGAGUACAGUGACUAUAUGAAUAAUAAGGAAGCGCUGCCCAAAGCAGCCUUCCAAUACGGAGUGAAAAUGGCAGAUGGACGACGAACAAGGAAAUACAACAAGGAGAAAAAUGAAAAGGCAGAACUGGACAGAGAGUGGCAAAAGAUCCAGAACAUUAUUCAUAAGAGGAAGGGAGAGCCAAGUGGAUCUGCAUCUGCUGCACGAGAAGCAGGCUCGCCUGAAUUCAAGAAGCCCCGCCACUGAAACACCAGCUAUAAAGAAUUGUAGAAAGUCCCCGCAAUUGCUAAUAAACCGCGUUGAAUUCCUAA